AUGGAACAAAGAGGAUGCGGGGAAUGGCGGGAGCGACGGCAGAGGGUCGUUUUCAUGGUUGCUAUGUUUUUUUUUUGGACCGUGGCAUCUGCACAGAUAAGAUACUCCAUCUCUGAAGAGCUUAAGGAAGGAACUGUCCUGGGGAAUAUAGCUAAGGAUUUGGGAAUAGAUCUCAGCACCUUAAAGGAGAGGGGAUUUCGAAUCGUGUCUGGCUCGACCGAGCCCCUUUUCCAGCUAAACCAGAAUAACGGCAUCUUAUACGUGAACCGAAAAAUAGACCGAGAGGAGGUGUGUGAACGGAGCAGCGUGUGUUUGAUCAACCUGAAAACCGUUCUAGAGAACCCGCUGGAGAUCCAUUAUGUCUCAGUGGAGGUGUUAGAUGUUAACGACCAUUCUCCCAGCUUUCCCGAGAAAGAGAAACGGUUAGAGAUUUCAGAGUCCAGGUUACCGGGGGCGCGAUUUCAGCUACAAGCAGCGCGUGACCCAGAUGAAGGUCCAUUCUCCGUUCAACAAUACAAACUGAGUCAUAAUGACCAUUUUCGUUUGGAGGUUAAAGAUCGAGGUGAGGACGGUAAAAUCCCGUUGUUGGUUUUACAGAAGCAGUUAGAUAGAGAAGCUGUAAGAAGCCAUAAACUCCUCCUCACUGCCAUUGAUGGUGGAAAACCACCCAGAUCUGGAACUCUCGAAAUAUCAGUGGAUGUACUGGAUGUUAAUGACAAUAGUCCUGUGUUCACUAAAGAUAUAUAUUCUGUAAGUGUAAAUGAAAACGCUCCUUUGGGAACUAUGGUCAUCAAGGUAAAUGCCACCGAUUUAGAUAGUGGCCAGAAUGGGAAUGUCAUUUACUCAUUUGGCAAUGACAUUAACAGCAAGUUAAGGAAACGUUUUGAUGUAGACACCAUUACAGGUGAAAUAACUGUAAAAGGGCCAAUAGAUUUUGAGGAAAGGGACAGUUAUCUGCUUGACAUACAGGCAUCAGAUCAAGGACAACUUCCUCUGACAACAGACAAAAGCCUCAAAAUUAAAAUCGUUGACCUCAACGACAAUGCACCUGAGAUAGAGGUGACGUCAUUUUCUAAGGCAAUUCCCGAAGAUUCUAGGCCCGGAACCACGGUGGCACUGAUCAGUGUUACUGAUUUGGACUCUGGUCUCAAUGGGAAAGUUCUCUGCCAUGUAUUGGAAGACGUACCUUUCACGCUAUUGCCAUCUCUACAUGACAACAUGUACUCGGUAGUCACCAAGUCACCUCUGGAUAGAGAGAAUGUAUCUCAAUAUGAUCUAACAAUAGUAGCCACAGACCAAGGCCAGCCAUCUCUGUCAUCUGUAAAGACUAUUAGUGUUGCAGUAUCAGAUGUGAAUGACAACAGUCCAGAGUUUUCACUGAGCCCCUAUACUUUCUAUGUCACUGAGAAUAACGAACCAGGCGCCUCAGUAUUUUGUGUGAGUGCAUCUGAUCGUGACAUAGAUGAAAACGCACUUAUUUCAUAUCAUAUUCUGAGAGACGUUGGUGACAAUAAUAAAUGGGCAUCUUUCCUCAACAUAAAUUCAGAAAAUGGAAACAUUUUGGCCCUAAAAAGCUUUGACUUUGAAACAUUAAAAACAUUUAAAUUCCAAGUUGUAGCUACAGACUCUGGAGCUCCAUCACUAAGCAUCAACGUCACAGUGAAUGUGUUCAUCCUGGAUCAGAACGACAACGCUCCAGUGAUCUUGUAUCCAGUCAGCGCUAAUGGUUCCGCUGAAGGUGUGGAGGAGAUUCCCCGCAAUGUGAACGCAGGCCAUUUGGUGACUAAAGUGAGAGCCUAUGACGCUGAUAUAGGAUAUAACGGCUGGUUAUUAUUUUCACUGCAGGAAGUUACUGACCACAGUCUCUUUGCUUUGGACCGUUAUACAGGACAGAUAAGGACACUUCGGUCAUUCACAGAGACAGACGAGGCUGAGCACAAACUGGUCAUACUGGUAAAAGACAAUGGGAACGUUUCCCUCUCAGCAACAGCUACUGUGAUUAUCAACGUUGUGGAGCCCAAAGAGGCUUUUGCAGCUUCUGAUGUUAAAAGCGCAGUAAAAGACGAGGAGGAGAACAGCAUUACAUUUUAUUUGAUCGUAACUUUGGGGUCAGUUUCAGCACUUUUUAUCAUCAGUAUCAUCGUGUUGAUUGUAAUGCAGUGCUCCAAAGCCCCAGUCGAUUCCUCCAAGUAUUUACAAGAUGUGAAUUACGACGGGACACUGUGCCACAGCAUCCAGUACCGAUCCGGAGACAAACGGUACAUGUUAGUUGGACCCAGAAUGAGUAUAGGUUCUACUAUAGUCCCGGGCAGCAAUGGGAAUACUCUAGUGGUACCUGAACACAGCAGGAGAGCUUCUGGAGAGGUAGACCAGAGGGGCCGCGUCUCUGAUUGGCAGAUGAGUGACAACCCCGAUUAG